AACUGCACAAAACUGCAGGGUGACGCUUCGCGGAAAGCGGGUUCUCUCGCAGCGGCGAGAGGGCUCCUGCUCGGAUGCUCCGAGCAACACCCCAUGCUCAUACAGGCGAUCGGACGCGCAUCUGCGUGGCCCGACCCCACUGUUGCUCAACACCAGACUCCAGCAAGAGCUAGGUGCGAGCGCUCCACGUGAGCAAGGCAGUCAGUUGCGAUUGACUGCGUGCAGCGAACGUAUGGUCUAUGUGCAUAAGUUCCAGUUCCUCCUGCGCAGCAGCUGCUGCUGCUACGAAUACAAAUAAGAAGGGUCAAAGAUCCGGCGCAGCAAUUAUUUGUGUUCGCAUCGGCUUGGUCAGAGAUCAGAGAGAACAGUAAAGAGCUGAGUGAAUGAAUGAAUGAGUGAAUGAAUGAAUGAAGAGCCUCAACCCAGUCGUCUCUCUCUCUCCCUUUCUCGUACGACCUUGCUUUGCUUUUUAAUCCUGAUAAGAGAAGAUUUUGAUUUUCCCGAGGGUCCGUUCUUCUCGCAAACUCAUAUGAAAGAUCGUCCCUAGUAUUCACCCAAAAAUAUAUAUAAUAACUUUAUUAUCCCUAAUAUUCACCCAAGCUGGCCCCUUCCCCACGACUCAGCUUAAUUCCCCUACCCUUGUUUAGCUCGUACAAAACGCAAGAUAUCCCGACUCAUCUGAUAUGCAUGUCGUUUUAGAUCGAUCAUGUGCAUUGAGUGACUCAAGUAUAAGUAUAACCUUAUAGCCAUCUCCCCCGAUCGGUUAGAUUUUUGCUAAGGCUGAUUUCAACAAGACAUAUUCAACAUUGUUUUUCCAAGAAAACUCGAACUACACCAACAAUGGGCAUCGAGGUGGAGAAGGUCGGCUUGGAGAGGCGUGACGCUAUAGAGGCGCACAAUGCUCUCCAUCCGCCCAGCUUGGAUGGGCCUAAGUCCUAUCCCUUCACUGCGAGGUUUGAGGCUCCAUCUGCGGUCAUGCGGCCAGGCGGAUCGAAGCUGAUUUUAUCGCAUCUACCAUGCGCGCAGCCGGCAUACGUCGUAAAGGGAGACUAUUUAAAGACAAUUAUGUGUGAAAAGGAAUGCUGUUGUCACAAGAACAUCCAUAUACUAGGUAGUGACUUGGCUCUAGUGGUAUAGAUAUAUUUUUUUGUUUGAAGAGAUAGAAAGAUCUUGGUCUUCUUCGGUUCAAAACAUUUGAUAAGAAGAACGAACUACCUACUUCAUUUGUUCCUACAGUAGCUUUCGCUCUGUAGUAGGGGUUCGUUAGGAUGGACUCUCGAGAGUCUAAAUUUUCCUUCAAGUGGUAAUCUUUAGACAUCAAAAAAAACAAUCCUCUCUAAUCUCUCCGCGGGAACGAACAGUGCCACUGGAAACUAUUUGCCAACGCCGAACUCGCAGGAAACGCGGUUUCACAGGGGAUUUUAUCGGAGACCCCAAUCAGAGAUUCGACAGGAUUUUUCCAGAUUGCAACGCGAAGCCAAAAUUCAACAGAAAAGAGAUGAGUACUAUCUGUUCCUAGCAGGUGUGCAAGAACCUCUACUUCUAAGUAAGUAAGUUUUUUUGGUGAAUGAGAAUGUAGCUUUCAUUUUCUUCCUUACAGUAAUUUCUUGUACUCACUGCAAGGUGCAAGUGCAAGUGGUAAGAAUGAUGAAGUGCUACUUGAUUCUCGACGAAGGCAGGAGUUGUAACAACUACAUCUACCCUGCACAACAAGGGAUCGCAAUUAUCGUUGUGAAAUUCCGGAACACUAUCAGGUAUGACGAGAAAGUCCAAGAAGGUUGGCGCGCGUAUCAGCGAGACUACACAUUCAACGUGCUGACAGGGGAAGGCAACGGACGGGAAGGGGAGUUCACCAAUAUUGGAAGGAGAACACACCGGAUCACGGCAGCUGGAGGUUUAAGGCGAGAAAGUGAGGAUUAGUACGGGUCCCUCGAUGUUGUUUGUAAGUACUGACAUGUUGUCUGAUGUUGUAGAAGUACUGACAUGUAGUUGGGAAAUUGAUUUUCUUAAGUCACAAGAAAGUGAGGAUUAGUACGGGUGGUCCCUCGAUGUUGUUUCUUGUACAUGCACCAAAUUGUAGUGUUAGUUCUUUAGCCAACUACCUUACACACUGACUUGCACACCUCUCUUAUCGGAUACUACCUCUAAGAACAACAGCAGCGCUUUUUGCGGAACACGACAAGGACACAAGAAUUCGCGAGAGAAACAGCCAUUUACGGUAUUCAGGAUAUCCACCGUCAUUUCCUACGAAAAACCAAGCAGCAGCCCAAGCAUCCGAUGGCUUCCUCCAAACACAGCGUGAGUCGGUAAGUAGGUUGUUUUUUCUAUUGUGUGAACUCUACGGAACCAGGCAGCUUUGAAUGAGUUGCUCCGUGGUUCGAAUGAAUGAAUGAAUGAAUGUUAGUUUAGUUAUCCUACCACUGCUUGUUUCAACGAAUAAGGUCAUGUUGAUGGUGAUUACUUAAAUCAAGUAGAACUUGUAGAGUGUAGAAAUUUCAACGACACCUCUACAACUACCGAAAAGGUGAUCAUCGGCUAUCCACGAAUCGACGCAGCCAAGCGCAUUAGGCUGCCGAGUCAGGGUGCACGCGAUACUUUAGGGUCUCAUUUGCAUGACGAUCCAGUACUACCAGACUAUCCACCGAACGUUGGCAAAACACGGUCCCAGAUUAUUUUCGGAUAGUUGUAGUAGAAAUUACGUUUGGCGAAGAAGAUCUUCUUAGUCGUGGAGUGAGGCGAUAACGAUCAACUUCCCAGAUCACUAUCACUUUCUUCGAGUUUGUCUAGUAAAAGAUAUGUCCUUCGUAGUACUAAUUUUACAGCUGAUGUUAGCUGUAUCUGAGAAGUAUAGCACAAUCUGAUCAACAUAUUAGCACCUCUACUUUCACCCAUUGCCUGUAUUUCUCGGCUCUUAUCUCACGCUCACCAGUUUUUAGAUGUUAAUGUUGUUAAUGCAAGUUAAUAUGCCCUUCCCCCUCUCGUUUGAUUACAAUGACAUACUUACCUAAUCUAUGCAAUAAAUGUUCAAUCAUGUAGUUGUCAUUAAGUGCUCGGACGAUCAUUCCCAUUUCUAUUCAACCGAAACUGUAAAGCAUACAACGAACUAGUUAUUUUUCAUGUUCCUUCAACAAAACUACUUUUUUUCGUGACCACAGCACUCUGUCACCCACUAAGCAUUUCAAUACGACUGGUCCGUGGAGAGAUAGGCAGAACUAAGUAAAAUUUUCACAAUUCGAUGAUAGGCCAGAAGGCGCCUCUCGCUAGGCACCGUCACUCUAUCUUCUUUCAGUCAUUUUCGAACUGAGGAUCCGUUUAUUGCAUUCCAAUGUAAACAAACUGAAACUGUCACUCCGAUGAUUAAAAAAGUUGCAGAGCUCGAUCUUUCUCGACCAUCGAAAAUUUUCCAAGAAAUCAUAUGAAUUUAUGCGCGGCUAGGAUUUGUCACUCAGAUGAACUACGUGAUCCACUAUGCCUUCCAUUUGUAGGGAUCAUGCGUUCCUCUGCUUCGGGUCCCAGAAGGAGUGCAGGAAAUAUGGUCAC